AUGGACCAAGGAAAUCAAAGUAUGGUGACAGAAUUCAUCUUUGUUGGGUUUUCCACUUUCCCAGACCUGCAGAUCCCGCUGUUUGUGGUGUUCUCCCUCAUGUACUUGGCCAUUUUGGCAGGAAAUGUCAUCAUUGUCACGACGAUAUGGCACGACGCCAGCCUCCACAUCCCCAUGUAUUUCUUCCUCUCCAUUCUCUCCAGUUCAGAAAUCUUUUACACUUUCACCAUUAUCCCCAAUAUGCUUGCGAAUCUUCUGAGACAAAAGGCAACUAUUUCAUUCGUCGGCUGCGCUACCCAGAUGUGCAUUUUCUUGGGCUUUGCUUGCACGAACUGCAUACUUCUCGCAGUGAUGGGGUAUGACCGAUACGUGUCCAUAUGUAAACCUUUACAUUAUCAGGUGUUGAUGAAUCAGAGACUCUGUACUAAACUGGUGGUCUUUUCAGCAUCGACGGGUUUUCUUUUUUCCACAGUGGAGACAUAUUUCAUAUUUACCUUGCCAUACUGUGGGCCAAAUAACAUUAGCCACUUCUUUUGUGAUUUAGCACCUUUGCUUAAACUGGCCUGUGCCCGAAAUUAUCUAGGGGAAAUUGUCAUUUUUGUCAUUUGCUUCUUGGUGGUAGUUUUCCCGUUCCUUCUGAUCACCCUCUCGUAUAUUUUGAUUUUAAACACAAUACUGAAAAUCCCCACAGCUGAGGGGAAGCACAAGGCUUUUUCAACGUGCGCCUCCCACCUUAUUGUGGUUGUUGUGCACUUUGGAUGCGCUUCCAUUAUUUACCUGAGGCCCCAGUCCAGGUUCACUUUGAACGAGGACACAUUUAUCUCCGUCACGUACACACUGGUGACACCAUUACUGAAUCCUGUCGUUUACAGCCUGAGGAAUAAGGAUGUCCAAAUAGCUCUCAAGAAAUCCCUGGGCAGAAACACAUGCAGCCGGAAGAUCUGA